AGACGAAGUGCGCUUGUUUUCGGCAGAUGAACACCGACGACUACGGCUCGGGUUUUUUUUUGUAAACGACAAUUACUUAUAACGGAUUAUGAAUAGGAAUUAUUGUUUCGCCAGAGUUCCGAGUGAUUUUGAAAUAUAAUUUGAAUACCUAAUGAUUCGUUUAUCCUACUACAUGUGUUGCAAAACAAAUUUACAAUAAAAUUCAAACAUAAAAGGGCAAUAAAUUUCAAAAAGAAUUAUAAUGUGCCAUUAAGAAAUACCUAAAAUUGCUGUAAUGAAUUGAAAAAAUGUCAAGUUCAAGUGAAAAAAAAAAACAAAUUUUAAAUUGAAAAUAUGAAAUAUAAAACUAUUACUUGUAUAUGAGUUCUCGGGACCUAAAUAAAAUAUGAUCGAGACUAGCCCCUGUUAAGAUAUGACUAUGGAUAUAGUAGUGGAGUUGUAAUGAAAUAAGCUGAUUAUUAUAUCCUUGUUGCUCUUCGUAGCAACGCUAUCUAAGUUGAGGACAUUGGCAAGGAACGCGCACGUGACAAAUUGCAAAAAUCCUACGGCUGGAUCCAGACCGGGAUAAGAUGACGCGGAUACUGUGGAACAAUUGGCUUGAAUUCUAAAAGACGACCUUGGGCGUUUACACCGGUCACGUACGAUUACAGGAGGUAACGACGAGACAUUGAUUACUUGCUAUGCCAAUGCCCAGUUUGAUCAAGAGAAAGGUUCUGCCGCACAGCCAAACUGCAAAAAAAAAUUGUUUUUCCGUCAACAAUAAUGUAUCGAAUUUCCUGAAAACCAGCUCCGCACAUUCACACAUAUGUAUGAAUCAUAGGCCAUGCGAACGCAGCAACUCAAGUGGUAUGGAAAUUAAAGAAAAUGUCACAAAAGCAACAGCAAAAUGUCAAUGGUCUAUAAUAGAAACACUAAGCCAAAACAUUAGUGAUAUGGCAACACCAAUACCCAAACCACCCAAUAGAAUUGAUGACAAAUCAAAAAAUACUAAACCGAAACUGCUCAUUGGUCUCUGUGAAGGCCACAAUGGCGACGAUUAUGUGGACUGGGACGAUUUUUACCACAUAAAAGAAUGUUAUCAACAUGUUCCAAAAACUCAACCAAGUAGCUGUAGUAUUACCCCACACAUUCAACGUAAUUCUUCCACCCAUUCACCUAUCCUACCCACAACUAGCUCACUGCCCUUGCUGCUGGAUGCACUCGGUUUGCUGCUGUUUCACAUCUGCCGGAUUAGAUGUUCCAUGGUCAUGAGUCGACGUUGGCUGAUUAUAGCCUCCUGUAUGCUUCUGCUCCAUGUGACUACAACGCCCCCCAUGACAAUGGCUGCACCCCAGUCGUGUAUACUCUGUGAUAAAAAUGAUUUAAAAUCCAAAGAUCCGCAAACAAAUUACGAGGAGUUUCUGUUUGAACACCAGGUCACACGCCUAGAUGCCAUAAAUGCUUUAAAGAAAUUGAAUGAAAGCUUUUACGAUGGUUUACAAGCUGAUAGUUCCUGCAAUGCUGUACGGUGUACAGAAAAAGUUAGCAAAUAUUGUUUAGGGCCUCAAUUCAUCAACGAUCAUUGUUGGUGUGAAUUUGGCCAUAGUACGGAGGGUUUGCCAUUUGUGCCUCACAUGUGCUACGUUGGAGAAAAGGUCUAUAAGCCAUCAAUAGGUUCCUGCUUUCUCUAUGAAGAAGUCAAGGAUUGCUGCUGUUCAGCCCUUUUAGCCAGAGAAUGGCGUCACAUAUCAGCAUCACCCAGUUUACAUAGGAAUUCCAAUAUGUACUUCAAUUACUCUGUAAUUGUUAUCACAUUCUUAUAUCGGCUAAUUAGACGGUUGUUGUAGAUUUCUAGAAGCAUUGCCAACGAAUCAACGCGCUAAUCUCCCACUCUUCACAUUUUGAGUUUGCAAGGGUCAUAGAUUUUACAUGUGCAAAAUAUGUAUGUUUGUAUAAUUUAAGUCUAGUUAAAAUAUUUAGCAGCGCAAAUGUAAAUUUAAGUUACCACCUACAUAUGUAUAUGUGUUUGUAUUGUAUAUUGAUAUGAGAAUAUCAUUAUGAAUGUUACAAUAUUUACUAGUCAUACCAGUUAUGAAUGUUUUGUCAACUAUUUGUUGUAAUUAUUAAUAACAAACAGCUGUAAACCUUAUGUAUGUAAUUAUCAAGCCAUACCUAUUAACUAAAAAUCAAAAUUAAUUUUAAAUGCAACACUGUUGAGAGUAUUAAAGAUCGUAAAUGAAA